AUGUCUCCAGGGGGAAAAAGAAGGAAAAGAGAUGUGCUAAUGUGGCUGGCAGAAUUAUGGCGUUUUUUGGUGCGAUCUGAUAAACCUUCGCCGUUAGUCCAUGAUAUGAUGAACAUGUACGAUACUCAUAUAGUUCAAGAAAAUGACUGCAUGGCGUUACGCGAGGGCAGCCUAGCCCAAGUUGAGUAUGUUGCUGAGCCAACACCAUCAAACUUCGCAGUUCAAUUCACUAAUUUAUCGCCGCCCUUGAUCAUGGUCAUGAAGGCAUAG